AGUUAGUUUUGUUCUGUCGACUGGUAUAUGAAAAACUGGAGACGUCGUUGUAGUUGUUAUUGUUUUAUCGAGAAGAUGUCCGCCCGCGGCGUGAUGUCCUCUCUGCCGCCGGUGUUCCAGCACCCGGCGAACAAUUUCCAAGGACCCCCCAUGAGUUUCAAACUGCAAAUGGGGGUUUUGCUCUUGAAGUUUCUGCUUUACCACAUCCCCUUCUUCCUCUUUAUGUGGUACCUCUGGGUGACGGAGACCUUCAUCCCCAACCACUACGCAGACCUCCUGUACGUGUUACCCUUGAGCAUGACGGCUGUCGAAGCGAUCCCGUGGAACAAGUGCACGCAUCCGAAGAAUCUCAAGUACAUCUUGCCUUUGCGCGUUUCGUUCCCGUUUCGCUUGGUGUUCGUCUACAUUGUGCAGAUUUGCCACAUCCACGUCUUGACCUCGUUUUUUCAAGUCGGUGGUACCAAGUCCUCGCUGAGCGGCGGCGGGCCGUGGCACUUGUUCGGCGCUAGUACAAGUAAAACUUCGUCUGAAGAUUCCAUCAUCGCGACGGAACAAAAUUCAGAAUCGCGGCCGAGCAAGAAGGCUUUGGGUGGCAUGAUGAAGAAGACCACAAGCCAGCAGGAGCGCCAAGACGGUACUGCUCCGACGUCUGACAGCUCAGGACCGCUACAAGAUAGUACAGCAAACAAAAACGGGAACGGUCCAGGCAACAACAAGGAAAUCAUUCCAUUGCCGGGGGAAGACCCCGUCCCCGCGACACCGAAGUUGAAGACUAUGUCGGUCAUCCUGCCCUGCGCCGGCGAGGGCGAGUACGCGUUUAAGACCGCGCGGUCCAUUUUUCAGUCGUGGGACAUCGCGAAGGGCGACGACGAGAACGACGACCAUCCUACCCUCCACGAGAUUAUUGUGGUGGACGACGGGACGCAGCCGAAGUUAGCCGAUACGCACCUGCCGGAGCAGGUCACAAAAGACUACCGGAUCAAGAUUGUCCGGAACGACCGGACCGUCGGCUUGAUCAACGCGAAGAAGAUCGGGGGCGACCACGCGACGGGCGACAUUUUGACCUUCUUCGACUGCCACGUGGCACCCCAGAACGACUGGUACGUGCAUUUUUUCGAGAAAAUCAACGAGAACUACAAAAGGAUCGUCGUGCCGUCCAUCACCGCCUUGGACUUGAACACCUGGAGCCAGCAGGGCCGGCACGAAGCGGGCGUGGCCAAGUGCUACUUGACGUUCGACGCGGAUUUCAAGUGGUUUAACUCGGAUGAUGACUACGUACCCCUCCUCUCCGGGGGAUUGCUCUCCAUGUCGAAACGGUGGUGGGAGGAGACGGGCGGGUACGACGAAUUCAUGAAGGGCUGGGGCGGGGAAAACAUCGACCAGUCGCUUCGGACCUGGCUGUGUGGGGGCGAGAUGAUCACGUUGCCCCACGUGCAGGUGGCGCACAUGUGGCGCGUGCACUCCGACCCGCGGACGCAGCGGAAGUAUUCCGUCCCCGGGAACUCCGUCACCGUGAACCGGUUCCGGGCGGCGAAGGCGUGGAUGGGGGAGUACGCGCAGAAGAUGGAGAACGAGUUCGGGUACGGGCGGGGGCAGCGGGGGUCGAACUGGUACGGCGAUUUGGCGAACUUGCUGUCCGUCAAGCAGUAUGGAUUGCAAAAAUGUCUGGGUCUGGAAGAUUCCGAGAUUUGUGAUGCAUAUUUCUCAUGACCCAUGAUGCCUGUAAUGCAUGACCUAGCAUCACAGACUUUUAGAGGGCUUCCUGAUAUGCCUCCCGCAUGAGAAAUGCCCUGUCCGCGUAGCACAAUAAACUGGACCCCUCUUGCUGGUCAUGCAAUACAAUUUUUCCUAGAAUCCAGAAACAGCGUGAUAAGUUGCAAGCUUCCAGACCCAGACAUUUUUGCAAUCCAUAAACAGAAGAACAACUGCCGGGAGUUUGGGUGGUACUUGAACCGGUUCCGCCACGUGUACAUCGACGGGGGCUUGAUCCCCGAGCACACGUUCCUCAUCGAGCAGGUCUUCAACGAAAAUGGGAAAGUCGCAGGAGCAGCGCAGGAGUCCUCCUCAAGUACUAAAAUAAAUCAGAAGAAAAAAUUAUGUCUUACCUAUUUGCGCGGGUCCGGCACGUCGUCCGAUGGGAACGGGGAAGUAGGUUUCAAGGAUUGCGACCCGCGAAACGACCGGCAGCGGUGGCACUUGGCGAACUACAGGAAGGGGUUGCGUGCGUGGAACACGGACCAGUGUCUGGUCGACCGGGGCCAGAACAAGUUCCAAACCUACAUCUGCGACAUCUCCGGGCGGGACAUUUCGGAAAAUUUCAAAUUUUUCCCCGACAGCAGGUACGGCAGCCGCGAGGCGUGGGCGGAGAAGCCGGUCCUCGAGAUGGAGAACACGGUAGGCCAGAUGGUGAUGGGCAUGGGGGAAGCCACCUGCGUGAACCAGUUCGGCGCCAGGUACAGCUGCAAGUCAGAUGUGAAUCCGGUGUUCCGGCUGCGGGACUUCAAAGUACCCCUGGAACGGGAACUGUUUGUGAAGCAGGGGUUCGCGUAGAAGCAGGGUGAGGAAGAUGUUCGGUGGAGCUUGCUGGUGUGGUUGUGUGUUUCUUGUCGAUCAUCUGAGGAAAAGAGCAGUUGAAUGCUGUCACGCCAAGAAGACUUUUUUACGGAGAAAAUGUUCUUCCGGAAUAAAGAAGUGAUGAGACGAACAUACAAAAACCAGGCACGGCUUGUUUGAGAGCAGGAACCUUUCGCGAUUUUGGUGUACCUAGUAAAUGCAAUGGCAGAGUAGAAAAUGAAAAUGCUUUUUAUGUGGAGGUGGAGACUGUAGUGUGGGCAUUUCAAU